CAGCGAGCUCGCAUGGGUGAACGGCUGACUGCUGAUAGACAGCAGCGCGCCGCUUUACCGACUCACAGCGGUACAAGAUAGCUACAGCUGUGCGCUUGAAUACCAGUCAUUGUCUGAUUUAAUUGAAAUGAAAUAGACUAUGUGCAGAGAAUUUUUUUUGAAGUGAUAGUCACCUUGAUUUGAGCAAUAAAUUAAAUUUCUUAAUAAAAGUUUUACCGUAACAAACUUAAACUUUUUCAAUAUUGUUCAUUGAAAAUAGUUAUCUAUAAAACGUUCUGUGUUGUAUCAAAUCUGCAGUUAAUCCUUUUUUUUUAAAUUCGCAUUUUGAGAGGGCCCCACUCAAUGCGUACCCGGCUUGACCUCACUUAAGCAAGCCAAAUGACACAUAAAAAGGGCACGUUAAAUUUAUCGUAAAUUAAACUCCCUUGUCAUUAAAAUAUUAAAAGUCAACACAGUAUAGAGAUAGAUAUUAGAACUAGAUAUAGAUAGACUAGAGUAAGAUUAGACCGGACCAUCUUACACAAUAGACUGGAAACAUAGAAUGAGCCUGCCUCAUGUUCUCAAACUGAACAGGAUACAUGUCAUAGAAUAGAAUAGAAUAGGAUAAAUUAGAAAAACUAUGACAUAUCAAAUCCAAACAACAUACUUAUUGCUAAUCAAAUCAACAGGUGCUGACAUGGAUGAGUUCCGUCAAAUCAUUCUGAGAGAGUGGAAUAUUUCCGAGGCCCAAGAGGCGCCAGGGGAUGUUUACAACGAACCAACAGUCACGCUCUUCCGAAGACCGGAUGGAUCCUUGUUUUUCUGGAGGACGGACCAACAACUGAGACGAUUCGACGAGUCUCUUUCCAAAGAGGAGAGAGCUCAGAUUGAAAGGUGCUGGCCAGCCAGCGAAAGAUUCUUCGAUUUCGAACUGAAUUAUCAGCAGGCGUAUUUCACGAGACAAGGCGUACAAGACAUGAUUGAUGGCUAAACUCAGACUUGGCAGCAUUCAAGAAAUGGUCAGACAGCUGACAACACCUGAUCUGGAGAAAAUCAAGGGUUCUGCACAAGCUCGUGCUAAGACUACAUCCAUAAAGGAGAAUGAUACUUGCUUCGCAGGUCUCAUGCACCCAGCUGGUGAGACAGCCGCAAACUCGCGGAGCGCAGGCCGGCCAAAAUCUGUCCCCAAGAUAGUUCGUAAUGAAGUCAUCCCAAAACAAAACCAGCUCCGGUUCACCUCGACUCCGGUUACUACCUCGGCUACAAAGACAGUUGACAGGGAUGAUCUUAUGUCGAUAAACAUAAAUCUUGGCACGUCCAUCGAACAAUUUAACCAGAGGAACCACGGCAGAUGGGACUUAGAAGCAGAGGAUCCCUCGGACUCAGAUUCUGAGAGUAAACAAACAUUGGGUGCGAAAGGUUCCUUUGAGAAAGGAUCACGUGAUGGUAACGCUCUGCUCAAAACUGGAUUUGCAGGAGAUGGAAGAUUCGAAAGUGAAUCUCAGAACUACAGAGAUCGAAUUGAGGCAUCCAGAAUUGGUAAAACCAAAGGACAAACGGCUAAAGUUUUCUAUGCCAGUGACAGUCACAACGCCCAAGGACGGCAGAUCUGCAGAAGUUGUAGUAUGGAGGGACAUUGCAAGGAUGCGGGCCCUCAUGCAGACAAACGCCUAUGCUAUUAUUGCAAGAAGAUUGACAGUCACGUUGCGAGCGAGUGUCGCAAACGCCAGGCCGACCUCGAAAGCCCCCAAGGAGGCUCGGCCAAUCCGCAGCCAUCCAAAAGAGGACGCUGAAAUUCCCCGAGAGGGAACAGCUCUAAUAGUUUCAGAGGAAACGGCUCUGGCACCUUCAGAGGCAGAGGCAAUCCCAAUCCGAACUCUUUGAGAGAAACCAGAGGGAGCUCGAGCAACCGAGGCCGUGGACGAGGACGUGGCAGGGCAGGUUUUCAGCAACGCCCUGGAUGCAACAACAACACCAGCUCAGGCUCGUCACUUCAGGCCAUCGUUGAGAACUAUGGAGGUACAGAUAACAAUUAUUCUUGCUUAGAUCAAAAUUCUAGUGGUAAUAGCGGUUUGCUAGUCAAGUUUAUAGCUGACUCAGGCGCGACUGAGUACCUUAGUAAUUCCAAAAUGUAUUUUAGCGAAUUUAAUAAUAAAGCCAAGGCGAAUAUAGAAUGUGCGAAUAAAGAAA